ACACAUUUGUUGGAUUUUAGGAUGUUUUUAUUUGUUUUUUUUCUUUCUUCUUUUUAAUUUUUUAAUUUCCAUGCCACCACGAUGUCCCUGAAGGCAACCUCCUUUUAUGGAGAAAACCUCAUGACCUGGCUUGACCAAUCACAGGAUGCCAGGUCAUAGACACAGCCCCAAACAUUUUAAACUUUUUUCUAUAUAUACAGGACAAACUGGCGGCCAUUUUUAUUACCUCCUGAAGAAGCCAGUUAAUGGCGAAACGUUGAGGACCUCCAUCUUUUUAUCUUAUUUAUUUCGGGUUUUUUUAAACAGUGAUUGUUUUAAGCAGUUUUUAGCUCACAGCAGCAUUUUAACAGCUCCACCACAGCAGAAGUGACAACCCAUAAGGAAGGAGCCCAGGAACAUCUUAUGGGGUGGAAGCCUUUGGGAGGGGGGACUUUUGAAAUCACCCCCCCUCCCCUUGCAAGACUAGGCCCAAAAACCGCUGUCGGGCCUUGGAACUGUGAGUUUUAUACACUGUAUUAAUGUGCAAUCACCUUUUAUUGUUUUAUUAAUUUGCUUUUACUUUUUUAUUCAAUAUUUUCUUAUUUACAUUUUAAGCCUUUUAUCUCCCUUUCUUUCCCCUUCCCCCCUCUUUUAUAACAUCAAGUUAUCUCUUAACUCCCAUCUCCAGCAGGAUUUGGAUGUACUACUUGUUUUAAUCUAUUUCUUUUAUUUUCAUUAAUUACUUCCCUUUUAGGGCCUCCUCCCGAUUGCUCUGGUGGGGGCGGAUGUCAGCUGGGAUUUCUUUCCAUAUUUCUCCAGCUCCGCAGCAAUAUGAACAUCAUUACUACAAACAGAUUCACACCACUUUCUUCUUUUCCAGUGGGGGGGAGCGGGGAGCAUAUUAAGUGCUUGCCCGGUCCUCCCCCCCAGGGAGUAAACAGUAAUCCACCACCAUCACAUAGACUUACACCGGAACUCCAUCUACAGACAAAGAAAUAUUUCAGAUUACUUCAAGCCAUCCACCAUGCAGAAAUUCUCAAUAACACAUUCAGUAAAGGAAAAUACCCACAAGGCAUGAUGCAUAAAGUUAAAAGACUCACCUCUUUCAUUAAACCAGCCUCUCCCAACAGCUUAACAUUUGAUAAGGUCAAACAAAAUACAAACACAUGGAUGCACAACAAUAUGAUCAUUCUUAUGGAGCACUAUGACCAGGUUAUUGCUGCGGAGCUGGAGAAUAUCCCCCCCUACAGCCAAGAGGCUUUUGAUAAAGCUGUCCAAUGGGGGAGAGUGCGAUACAGACGGAAGUUGACGUCCUCCUCUUUGACCACCUUGGGGGACCUCCUAACAGAGGGGCCCCCCAGGGUGGAGGACACACCCCUGGCUCGACUCUCCCCCUUGGACUUUCCUCCAUUGCCCCAACCAGGAAACCCACCGAAUUCCAGCCAUCAUGAUCCUCCUGCCUCCCUCAAACCUCAUUCCUCCCCUUCAAUUCCUCCUCCCACCCCGAACCCUAAUCCUUCUACCCCUAACCUUAACCACCCCACCCCUAACCCCAACCCCCCUCCCCUUUAUUCCUCUCCUAAACCCAGCCCGAAUCCCAGUCCCUCUACUCCUAACCUCAACCACCCUACCCCUAACCCCAACCCCCCUCCCCUGCAUCCCUCUCCUAAACCCAACCCUAAUCCCAGCCCCUCUAUUCCUAACCUCAACCACCCUACCCCUAACCCCAACCCCCCUCCCCUUCAUUCCUCUCCUAAACCCAACCACCACCCUCCUUCCCCGACACAUCUCUUUCUCCCCACUACCUCUAUCAUCGACACACAAUUUCCCCUUUCAGGCCUCUGUACACCCAUGGGGGAGGGGAGGACGUCGGUGGGGGUCACUGGCGGUGGGGCCCGGUCCCCACGACCUAGACGCAACCCCAGACGUCAAGCGAGAGUGGAGAUCCACGCACUCCCGAAGAGCGUACUCGACUGCCUGGAGCUAAAAGGGACGGUGCCCUCCGCCUGCCCCCCCGAUGACCCUCCUCCUCUCUCUUCCUCCAUAGACUCUUCACCCCUUCCACAAAUGUUGGAUAACUCUCUAGAGCACAGACAGCCAUACAGCAAUGUAGCUCUUCCAUGCAGUAAUACCAUUUCAUCUUUUCCACUUUCAGAUUCAUCAGCUUCUCAGCAGAGGGAGCCAGAGUUGCUUGCUGCAGAGCCCUGCGGAGCCCAAACAAUCGCUGAGGUGGAUAAAAAAUCAAUGACGAUGAAGGGCAAACGGAAAGCUAAGCUGAAGCCGAACCCUUACUUACCAUCUGAGAUAUCCACCUCCCGCCCAACCAGGGUCUCUGCGGCUGCACCUGGCUCCCCAAGCCGCCCCGAACCACACACACAUCCACGAACAUUUCGAAAAUUACAGGAAUGGUCGCUGGAGGUGCGGAAGAAGACGCUGAUCGUAGGUGACUCAAACCUUUCUCGCAUUCCUCCUUUUACAGACGCAAACAUUCAAAUAGACAGCUAUCCUGGAGCCAACUUCCACCACAUCACAGCUAUAUUAAAGAAAAUUCCAACAUGCCACACCACAACACAAGUAAUUCUCUCAGUCGGUCUCAAUAAUUGUUUAGCAGAACACGACAUCUCCACAAUCACUAAACAGCUACAGCAGAUGUGGAGCACUAGUCACAUCACUUUUCCCAACGCCACUAUAUACAUUCCAAUAAUAAACUUCUCUCACCAGCUGGACCACAGGAAGAAAUCUUUGCUCACCAAACUCAACAAUGUUAUAUCAUCUAAAUACACCUUCAUCCCGGAAAUUAACCCGCUUUUAUUUCAGACGCAGACAGACAAUAUACACUGGACUGGCCCGGUGGCCGAGAUGUUGUUCAGGUACUGGAAACAGCAAUUAAACUUGUAACGGGAGUAAACUGUUCCAUUACACCUCCCCCCCAUCUGUCAAAUAUCACUAACCUCUCUGCCGUUUUCUCCCUCACAGCCGCACAGCUGGAGAUACUGGAAAAAGGUCUUACUUUCAUUCCAACACCCAACCCACCCACCCGACUGGAGCUCAGAGGGGAUCUCCACACUUUCCACAGGAGGCUAAAAUUAUUGGAUCAUUUUCAGGGAUUGCAGAGGCGGGAGCCUGUGCUCUUCACUGGGCCGUCUCACUGGCAACCACACACUGACACUAUUUCACCCGCUAUAUCACAGCUUAUCCAUAACAAUAACCACGCACUCAGACACUGGCGCCCCCGCUCACAUAGUACACCCAACAUUAGUCAGGAACAAAAACACAUCAUUAAAUCAUUAAGUAAUUGCAAACACAUAGUUAUAAAACCAGCAGACAAGGGGGGUCAAAUUGUCAUACAGGACAGGGAUAAUUACAUAUUAGAGGCACACAGACAGUUAAACAACAGCACAUAUUAUAAAACAUUACAACAUCCAUUACAAUUAGACACACAAACAUUAGUUAGGCAAAUAACAGACCAACUUUACACACAAAAAUUCAUCACUUUCAAACAAAAACAAUACCUGGACGGCCCGGAUGAGCCCAGGCCCCGCCUCUUUUACCUGCUCCCAAAGAUCCACAAGCCUCCUGGGACGUGGACGGUCCCCUCUGUUGUUCCGGUCGGCCGUCCCAUUGUCAGCGACUGUGGUUCAGAAUCCUAUAGAAUAACAGAA